CCAUUUAAGCCAGAACUAAACUCCUCCCCCUUCAUAAAUUCCCGCCCUCACUCCUCCCCAUGCCAGUCUUCCGCCCACUGGCACUGACUUUCCCGGCCUGAGCACGGACACAACACUUGCUGCGGUGGAGGAGGCGACGGGUCACGGGAGAGACGGGGACCGGCAGUGAGGUGAGCGCUGUGCCCGGGGUAUGAGAGACGCCUGCAGCCGCCAUACAAGGUGUGUGGGUGACCUGCUUUCCGCUCAGGUAACUUAAGGAGCUGGAGUCCCACUAAGAAUAGAAGACAGGGCUGUGGAAAGAGACGGGAAAGGCUCCUUGUUCCCUGAUCUAGCCAACUAAAGAUAUAGUUUCUUCUUAAGCUUCUGAAUGGUUCAAAGAAACGAUUUUCAUUUUAUGGAUAGAAGUUUUUAUCCAUUUAAUGAUGAGUCUCACAGGAGAGAGACCACAUCUGUGUUCUGAGUGUGACAGAAGCUUUACAUAUAAAUCACAGCUUCUCAUACAUCAGAGGAGUCACACAGGAGAGAAACCACAUCUGUGCUCUGUGUGUGACAGAAGCUUUAAAAGUAAAUCAUAUCUUCUCAUACAUCAGAGGAGUCACACAGGAGAGAAACCACAUCUGUGCUCUGAGUGUGACAGAAGCUUUACACAUAAAUCAAAACUUAUCAUACAUCAGAGGAGUCACACAGGAGAGAAACCAUUUGAAUGUUCUGAAUGUAGCAAGUGUUUUUCCCAGAAGUCAUAUCUUCUCAUACAUCAGAAGAGUCACACAGGAGAGAAACCACAUCUGUGCUCUGAGUGUGACAGAAGCUUUACACAUAAAUCAAAACUUAUCAUACAUCAGAGGAGUCACACAGGAGAGAAACCAUUUGAAUGUUCUGAAUGCAGCAAGUGUUUUUCCCAGAAGUCACUUCUUAUACAUCAGAGGAGUCACACAGAAGAGAAACCAUUUAUUUGUUCUGAAUGCAGCAAGUGUUUCUUCCAGAAGUCACAUCUUGUUAUACAUCAGAGGAUUCACACAGGAGAGAAACCACAUCUGUGCUCUGAGUGUGACAGAAGCUUUACAUGUAAAUCACAUCUUACCAAACAUCAGAGGAGUCACACAGGAGAGAAACCACAUAUGUGCUCUGAGUGUGACAGAAGCUUUACAUGUAAAUCACAUCUUAUCAGACAUCAGAUGAGUCACACAGGAGAGAAACCAUUUGAAUGUUCUGAAUGCAGCAUGUGUUUUCCCCAGAAGGCACCGCUUGUUAUACAUCAGAGAGUUCACACAGGAGAGAAACCAUUUGAAUGUUCUGAAUGCAGCAAGUGUUUUUCCCUGAAGUCAGAGCUUGUUAUACAUCAGAGGAGUCACACAGGAGAAAACCCAAUUAUAUGUUCUGAAUGCAGCAAAUGUUUUACCAGAAAGUCAUAUCUUGUUAUACAUCAGAUGAUUCACACAGGAGAGAAACCAUUUAAAUGUUCUGAAUGUAGCAAGUGUUUUUCCCAUAAGUCAUUUCUUAUUCGACAUCAGAGGAGUCACACAGGAGAGAAAUAAUUUAUAUGUUCUGAGUGCAGCAAAUGUUUUUCCCAUAAGUCAUAUCUUGUUAUACAUCAGAGGAGUCACACAGGAGAGAAACCAUUUACAUGUUCUGAAUGUAGCAAGUGUUUUACUAGAAAGAAAACACUCAGUAAUCACAUGCGGAGUCACUCUGAGGGCCUGAAUGCAGCUUGUGUAUCAUAAGUAAUGUAACUUAUCACAACUGUAUGAAUUCAAUGGAACCAAUAUCUAUUUUCUGAAUGUGACAAGUGUUUUAUAUAAAUCAGUCUUGAUAAAGACAGGAGAGGUCUGACAAGUGGACCUGGAGGUACUUUUCCCCUUGGGAAGGUCUCUGUGUUAGGAACUAGAGCUGCAGUAUAACAAUAGCCAAUGACCGUGGGACUGCCAUUCCUGAGCUCUGUAAUAUACAGCUGUUCUGCUCAUGCAGGUGCUGGGACUAGUAGAGUGUUCCAGCAGCUCCUCUCAGUACUGGGAUUCCUUCUUUGACCAGCAGGGCUAUGAGUGCUGGGUAUUUCUACAGGAACAAUGUAUGCUGCUCUGUUUCACCGUAUGGGUUAUUGUACGGGGUGUUAUUUUUAACCACUUUUUAGAUGCCAUUUUGUCCAUGUUUAACUCCAUUUUGUAUAUGUAUGACCUCAUUGCUUUAUAUACUGUACAUACUUUUUAUUAGGAUUAGUGCUUUGCAGACAUAUAGGCACCAGUUAGAAAUAUAGUGUCACGUUAAGUUACAAGUUUUCUUUCACCUUUGACAUAGUGUGAAAGACAUAGUGAGUGGGAAGUGUAUACAGCU